AUGGCGAACAUCGAGCCCCCUGGGUGGAACAAAGCUCUCCGGCUCCAGGACUGGCACGCUCUCAAUCGAUACAUCGUCAAAGAGUGCCGAGCUGCUCCUCAAGGUCUGAGGAAGGCGUGGGGCAGGGGCGGGAGCCAGGGGAUCAAGGCUGUGACCGUCUGGGAUGGAGCUUUCGAGAACUUGUACUGUCGGAUCUAUGAUCUAAGUAUCCAGGGGAAACUCUUCCCAGAGACAGAGUCGGAGGUGCUGCUCGCAUGCGAGCACAUCGUCGCCGUCAAGAAGGUUCCUCACUGGGAUCACGUAGAAAACAUCGCUGCCCUCAGGACAAUCCUCAAGCCAGAUCAGGCUUGGAACGACUACCCUGAGGACGCGUUAGAAGACGACCGAGAGGACGACGAGGAUGAGCCAUAG